AUGGCCGUCGUUGCCGGUCUUCUCACUUGGAGCAACGCAAUUGGAGCAAUAACCCUGUACUUUGGAACCUUGGUGUUCUACCGCCUGUUCCUUCACCCACUUGCUCGCUUCCCGGGCCCCAAGCUCGCAGCCAUCUCGCGCUGGUACGAAGGCUACUACGACUUCUACCUGGGCGGACAGUACACCCUCAAGAUCCGGGACCUGCACAGACAAUAUGGUCCAAUCAUCCGGAUUAGCCCGCACGAGUUGCAUGUCAGUGACUCGGCGUUUUACGAGAAGCUCUACCGCAUGGAUGGCCGGUGGGACAAGUAUGCGUGGACUUACGAUGCCUUCGGAGCCACCUUCUCAACCAUAUUUGGAUCAGACCACGUAAAGCACCGGGCCCGGCGAGCGGCAAUCGCACCCUUGUUCUCGAAAGCAAGGAUCGCUGCGCGGCAAGACGUCAUCCGCAAGAAUGUGGUCAAGUUUUGCGGACGGAUUGCCGGCUUUGCCGGAACCACGUUUAACUUGGGUGCAGCGGUCAGCGCUUUCACCAGGGACAUUGCCAACGAGUUUGUGGUUGGAAAGGGGUACGACGAACUCGACAUGGACGACUUCAACGUUGGCCUGUCCAUUCCCGUGUUGGGGGCUGGAACGGUAUGGCGCACGACCAAGUUCAUCCGCUGGUACGGCCCUCUACUGAAGGCUAUCCCCAGCGGAUGGAUCUUGAAGUGGGCGUGGGCGAGCGAGGAAACCAAGUCGUACAUCCGCUACCUCAAGAAAUGCUUCCAACACACUGAUGAGACGUUGGCUGCGGUGAAAUCGGGCUCGCCCGACGCCAACGUCGAAAACACCGUCGUUCACGCUAUCGUCCGCUCCGGGCUGUCGCCCGCCGAGAAGUCGGAGCUCCGGAUCCGCCAAGAAGUGUCGACGGUGACCACGGCGGGCUUCGAGACCACCGCGAGCGCGCUCAGGCUGCUGCUGUGCCACGUCUUCACCAACGACACGGUCCGCGGGCGGCUGAGAGCAGAGCUUGCCUCGGCCGGCGUCGGGGCCGGCGACGACGGCCAGCUCGAGCUGAAGACGCUCGAGCGGCUCCCGUACCUCACGGCCGUGCUGAUGGAAGGCCUGCGCCUGAGCCCGGGCAUCGGCACGCGGUCGGCCCGCGUCUCGGACAAGGACCUCUUCUACGGCGACGACUGGCGGAUCCCCGCCGGCACGCCGGUCGGCAUGACCGUGCUGCUGAUGCACACGGACGAGCACAACUUUGCCGACCCGCGGUCCUUCGAUCCCGACCGCUGGAUGGACCCCGCAACCCGGAGGGCGGCCGAGAAGACAUUUGCCCCGUUUUCGCGGGGGACGAGAGUGUGUCUCGGCAUGCAUCUGGCGUGGGCGGAAUUGUACAUGCUCCUUGCCGCUCUAGUACAGCGCUUCGACUUCACUUUCGAGGGCGCUACCCCUGCCGAUUUUGAGUUUGCAUUCGACAGUUUCGCCAUUGGCACCAAGGCUGGGUGCAAUCUAUUUGCGACGCCUUACCUUCGCCAGGUCUAA